CAGCAGUCAGUCAACUGAUAUCUCUCAUCUGUAAAUCAACGUUCAGCAUCAUGAUCCCUUCUACACCCCUCACCAAUAUUUUGCUUUAAUAUUUUGCCAAUUCUAAAGUAGAAAGCAUCACUGGACUAGUAGAUAUGACUAGUAGCUAGACUAUAAAUAGGCAAAAUACAGGCUUGCACCAAUAUUUUGAUAAUCACAACUUGCAUCCAUCAAUGGGUUGGUUAUUGAUGAUCAUAAUCACAGUACUCUCUCUAUGUGCAAUAACUUUAAUCAAUCUUCUUCUUCUUCGCCAAACUCGUAAAAGAUUACCACCUGGUCCUGUUUCAAUCCCAAUCAUCACAACUCUCCAAUGGCUCAGAAAACCAUCCGCAGAUGUAGAACCAACUCUCAGAAAUCUCAAAGCUAAAUAUGGACCAAUAAUAACUUUAUCAUUUGGUUAUCAGAAAAUAAUUUUCAUUUCCAACUCAAGUUUAACUCAUCAAGCCUUAAUUCAAAACGGAGCAAUUUUUGCUGAUCGUCCGCCAGCACCACUGACAUCCAAGAUUGUUUCAAGUGAUCAACACGUUAUUAGUGAAGCUUCUGGUCCUUUAUGGAGAUUACUUCGGAAAAAUCUUACCGUUCAGAUUCUUCAUCCAUCAAAAUUCAAAUCAUUUGCACCGGUUCGAAAACGGGUUUUGAACAUAAUCAAGGAGAGUAUUAAAAAAGAAUCUAAUUCAGGGCAAAACCCUGUUCUUGUUGUUGAUCAUCUUCAAUUCGGUAUGUUUUGUUUACUUGUUUUUAUGUGCUUUGGGGAAAAACUUGAUGAGGAGAAAAUUAGACAAGUUGAAUCCGUGCAGAGAAAUCUCUUGUUAGGUUUAAGUCGGCUUGAGAUUCUAAAUUUCUUCCCUGAAUUUGUGAGUAAAAUAGUUUUCAGGAAAAUAUGGCAAGAUUUUGAUAAUUUGAAAAUGGAUCAUGAAAAUGUACUAAUUCCAUUAAUCCGAUCAAGACAAGAACUGAUCAAGAAAACUAGUAGUGGAAAUCAUCACGAUGAUCAGAAAUCUUGCUUAGGGUUCUGUUAUGUUGAUUCUUUAUUAAAUCUUGAAAUACCUGAUGAAGAAGGUGGAAGCCGAAAACUUACUGAAAAAGAAGUAGUAAGUUUGUGUAGGGAGUUUCUAGAUGCAGGUACUGAUACUACAACAACAGCUUUAGAAUGGAUUAUGGCAAAUUUAGUGAAAUACCAAGAUAUUCAAUCCAAAUUAUAUGAUGAAAUCAGAAAAAUAUCUGAUGAUGAUGAUGAUGAGAUACAAGAAGAAGAUUUGAAGAAACUGCCAUAUUUGAAAGCUGUAGUUCUGGAGGGACUAAGAAGACAUCCACCUGGCCAUUUUGUUCUAAAUCACGCAGUUACUCAAGAUGUAGGGUUAGAUGGAUAUGUUGUGCCAAAAGAAGCUGUAGUGAAUUUCAUGGUGGCAGAAAUUGGUCGGGAUACGAAAGUAUGGGGUGAAGAUUCAAUGGUGUUUAAACCUGAGAGAUUUUUAAAUGAUGGUAGUGUGAAUGGAGAAUUGUCAGAUUUAACAGGUAAUAAAGAGAUUAAGAUGAUACCAUUUGGAACUGGUAGAAGAAUAUGUCCUGCUUCUGGUUUAGCAAUGCUGAUUCUUGAGUAUUUUGUUGCUAAUCUCAUCAAGGAAUUCAAGUGGACGCCGAAGGCUGGAGAUGAUAUAGAUUUGUCGGAGAAACAAGAUUUUAUUACAAUGGUCAUGAAGAAUCCACUGUGGGCUCAUGUGUCUCCAACGGAACAUGAAUAGGCUUUUGUCUCUCUACCAGCGGCAGGGGUACAUUUAUUUGUGUCCAACCAAUAUUUGAAUUUGGAUUUUGAUUAUCUUAAACUGCGGUGUUUAUGAUAAAUUAUUUUUUUUCUA